AUGUCGUCAAUACCCCCUCCACCUCCUCCAGGAUGGAGUUCUUCAGCUCCUCCGUCGCUCCCUCUGGGCGCGCCCCCAGGAGCUCCCCCUCCACCUGGCUACAGGCCACCAGCAGACCCUCAAGUGGCCAAGUUUGCGCAGAAGAAAAAGGAAUGGUUACGACAUCAGCGAAAUCGAUUCGGAGAGAAGCGGAAGGGAGGUUUUGUCGAGACUCAAAAGGCCGAUAUGCCCCCUGAGCAUCUCAGAAAGAUCGUGAAGGAUAUUGGCGAUGUCUCCCAGAAGAAGUUCAGCAGCGACAAACGCAGUUAUCUCGGAGCCCUCAAGUUCAUGCCCCAUGCCGUGUUCAAGCUUCUCGAAAAUAUGCCUAUGCCGUGGGAGUCAGCUCGAGAGGUGAAAGUGCUGUACCAUGUCAACGGUUGCCUCACUUUGGUCAACGAGAUUCCGAGAGUCAUCGAACCCGUCUUCCACGCGCAAUGGGCGACGAUGUGGGUGUGCAUGAGAAGAGAGAAGAGUGACAGGAGACACUUCAAACGAAUGCGGUUUCCUCCUUUCGACGACGAAGAACCACCGCUGUCCUGGUCAGAGAACAUAGAAGAUGUAGAGCCUUUGGAGCCUAUUCAGAUGGAAUUGGACGAGACCGAAGAUGGUGCAGUUUUCGAAUGGUUUUACGAGCAUCGUCCACUCCUCGACACAUCACACGUCAACGGCCCGAGUUACAAGGAUUGGAAUAUGACUCUGCCGCAGAUGACGACUCUUUAUCGACUAAGUCACCAGCUCCUGAGUGAUUUGGUUGACAAGAACUACUUUCACAUGUUUGAGCUCAACAGUUUCCUCACAGCAAAAGCACUCAAUGUUGCCAUCCCUGGAGGUCCACGAUUCGAACCCUUGUAUAAGGAUGUUGAUCCAAAUGACGAGGAUUUUGGUGAAUUCAACGCGAUUGAUCGCAUUAUCUUCCGCCAUCCUAUACGGACAGAAUACCGAGUCGCAUUUCCAUUCCUUUACAACUCUUUGCCACGAAGCGUCAAACUGUCUUGGUACUCGCAUCCCCAGAUAGUGUAUGUGCGAACAGAGGACCCGAACCUACCGGCAUUUUAUUUCGAUCCUAUCAUCAACCCGAUUUCAUCAAGAUCUGUUGACCCGAAGAAUAUCACGAUUCGCCAUGAGGAUGAGAUUUUCGGGUUUGGAAACAAUGAAGAAAUGGAGGAUGAAGCUUUCGAGCUACCUGGCGACGUCGAACCUUUCCUGGCCGACGAAGAACUCUAUACAAGCGAGACUGCUUCCGCUAUUGCCCUCUGGUGGGCACCAUUUCCAUUUGAUAGGAGAUCAGGCCGGAUGGUACGAGCCGAAGAUGUGCCACUUGUCAAACAGUGGUACUUAGAGCAUUGUCCUCGAGACCAGCCUGUGAAGGUUCGAGUAUCAUAUCAAAAGCUCCUCAAAACUUUCGUUUUAAACGAACUCCAUAAGAAGAAGCCAAAAGCACAGAACAAGCAGAGUUUGAUGAAGUCCCUCAAGCAAACAAAGUUCUUCCAACAGACCACAAUCGAUUGGGUUGAGGCUGGACUUCAAGUCUGCCGCCAAGGGUUCAAUAUGCUGAAUCUUCUCAUUCAUCGGAAGAAUCUGACAUAUUUGCAUCUCGAUUAUAACUUCAAUCUCAAGCCAGUCAAGACCUUGACUACUAAGGAGCGAAAGAAGUCACGCUUUGGAAACGCCUUCCAUCUCAUGCGUGAAAUUCUCAAAUUGACGAAGUUGAUCGUCGAUGCUCAGGUUCAAUAUCGACUUGGGAAUAUCGAUGCGUUCCAGCUUGCGGAUGGUAUCUUGUAUGCCUUCAAUCACGUGGGCCAACUGACUGGGAUGUAUCGAUACAAGUACAAACUUAUGCAUCAAAUCAGAUCAUGUAAAGAUUUGAAGCAUUUGAUCUACUAUCGAUUCAACUCAGGCCCAGUCGGCAAAGGACCUGGUUGCGGCUUCUGGGCACCAGCUUGGAGAGUUUGGCUGUUCUUCAUGCGUGGGAUCAUUCCUCUUUUGGAACGAUGGCUUGGGAACCUAUUGUCCAGACAAUUCGAAGGACGACACAGCAAGGGAGUGGCGAAAACCGUCACAAAACAGCGUGUUGAAUCGCAUUUCGAUCUGGAGCUUCGUGCUUCAGUCAUGGCUGACUUGAUGGAUAUGAUGCCAGAAGGUAUCAAGCAGAACAAAGUCAACACAGUCUUGCAGCACUUGUCUGAAGCGUGGAGAUGCUGGAAAAGUAAUAUUCCAUGGAAGGUGCCCGGCCUACCUGCGCCUAUCGAGAACAUAAUUUUGCGUUACGUAAAGAGCAAGGCAGAUUGGUGGAUUUCUGUAGCUCACUACAACAGAGAGCGUAUUCGCAGAGGUGCUACCGUUGAUAAGACUGUUGCGAAGAAGAAUCUUGGUCGCUUGACAAGACUCUGGCUGAAGGCUGAGCAAGAGAGACAGCACAACUACAUGAAGGAUGGGCCAUAUGUCUCUUCGGAGGAAGCUGUGGCAAUCUACACAACGACUGUGCACUGGCUCGAGUCACGAAAAUUCUCACCUAUUCCAUUCCCGAGUGUUUCUUACAAGCACGACACGAAGAUCUUGAUUCUAGCUCUCGAACGUUUGCGUGAAGCUUACUCCGUCAAAGGGCGUCUCAACCAAAGUCAGCGCGAGGAGCUUGCUUUGAUUGAACAAGCUUACGAUAGUCCGGGAACAACUUUGGAGAGAAUCAAGCGCUUUCUCCUUACCCAGCGAGCGUUCAAAGAGGUCGGUAUCGAUAUGAACGACAACUAUAGUACGAUUAACCCAGUUUAUGAUAUCGAGCCUGUGGAGAAGAUUAGUGAUGCGUAUCUCGACCAAUAUCUUUGGUACCAAGCAGACCAACGCCACUUGUUUCCCGCAUGGAUCAAGCCAUCCGAUUCCGAGGUACCUCCACUACUUACUUACAAGUGGGCGCAAGGCAUCAACAACCUCGACAAGGUUUGGGAAACUGCUGAUGGGGAAUGUAAUGUCAUGAUUGAAACGCAACUGUCGAAAGUCUACGAGAAAAUUGAUCUAACGCUCCUCAACCGACUGCUGAGACUCAUCAUGGAUCACAAUCUUGCGGAUUACAUCUCAUCAAAGAACAAUGUUCAACUCACAUAUAAGGACAUGAACCACGUUAACAGUUACGGUAUGAUCCGUGGCCUCCAAUUCUCGGCGUUCGUCUUCCAAUACUAUGGCCUUGUUCUUGACCUCCUUCUGCUUGGUCUCCAACGUGCCAGCGAAAUUGCUGGCCCACCUCAAAGCCCCAACGACUUCCUGCAGUUUCGUGAUCGGGAGACCGAGACCAGACAUCCGAUCAGAUUGUACACAAGAUAUAUCGAUCGUAUCUGGGUGUUCUUCCGGUUCACCGCUGACGAGUCGCGCGAUCUCAUUCAGCGAUUCCUCACUGAACAGCCAGACCCUAACUUCGAAAACGUGAUCGGGUACAGAAACAAGAAAUGUUGGCCGAGAGAUUCGCGUAUGCGUCUCAUGAGACACGAUGUCAAUCUUGGUCGUGCAGUCUUCUGGGAUUUGAAGAAUCGAUUGCCACGAUCUGUGACGACUAUUGAGUGGGAUGACACCUUCUCUAGUGUCUAUAGCAGGGACAACCCCAACCUGCUCUUCUCGAUGUGUGGUUUCGAGGUCCGUAUCUUACCAAAGAUCCGCAACCAGAAUGAUGAGUUCCCGGUCAAAGACAGUGUCUGGUCCUUGGUGGAUAAUACUAGCAAGGAAAGGACCGCGCAUGCUUUCCUUCAAGUCACAGAGGAAGACAUCGCCAAAUUCAACAACCGUAUUCGUCAAAUCCUCAUGUCUUCGGGUUCCACUACUUUCACCAAGAUUGCCAAUAAGUGGAAUACCAGUCUCAUCGCCUUAUUCACGUAUUAUCGAGAGGCCGCUGUCUCAACUGUUAACCUUCUCGACACAAUCGUCAAGUGUGAAACAAAGAUCCAGACCCGAGUCAAGAUUGGCCUGAACUCAAAGAUGCCAUCUCGAUUCCCUCCGGCUGUAUUCUACACACCUAAAGAACUUGGUGGCCUUGGUAUGAUUUCUGGCUCUCACAUCCUCAUCCCGACAAGUGAUAAGCGUUGGUCAAAGCAGACGGAUGUUGGUGUCACACAUUACCGUGCUGGUAUGACCCAUGACGAAGAAACCCUUAUUCCGAACAUCUUCAGAUACAUUAUUCCCUGGGAAGCCGAAUUUAUAGAUUCACAACGAGUCUGGACUGAAUACUCCCAGAAACGACAGGAGGCCAACCAGCAAAAUCGACGACUCACACUGGAAGACUUAGAGGACAGCUGGGAUCGGGGUUUACCUCGUAUUAACACUCUAUUCCAGAAAGACAGAAGCACAUUGAGUUUUGAUAAAGGAUUUCGCGCAAGAACCGAAUUUAAGACAUACCAAUUGAUGAAGAGCAAUCCUUUCUGGUGGACCAGUCAGAGACAUGACGGAAAGUUAUGGAAUUUGAACGCGUAUCGUACAGAUGUCAUACAAGCGCUCGGAGGGGUUGAGACAAUCCUUGAACACACGCUCUUCAAGGCAACCGCUUUUCCGUCCUGGGAGGGCCUCUUCUGGGAGAAGGCGUCCGGCUUUGAGGAAUCAAUGAAAUUCAAAAAACUCACAAACGCACAAAGAUCCGGUCUUAACCAAAUCCCUAAUCGUCGCUUCACUCUCUGGUGGUCUCCUACUAUCAACAGGGCGAACGUGUAUGUUGGUUUCCAAGUCCAACUGGAUUUGACUGGCAUCUUCCUCCACGGCAAGAUUCCGACGUUGAAAAUCUCUCUUAUCCAGAUUUUCAGAGCACAUUUGUGGCAGAAGAUCCACGAGUCAGUUGUCAUGGAUUUAUGUCAAGUUUUUGAUCAAGAACUCGAGCAAUUAGGUAUCGAGACUGUCCAGAAGGAGACUAUUCAUCCCAGAAAGUCGUAUAAAAUGAACAGCUCUUGCGCCGACAUCCUUCUAUUCGCAAGUCACAAAUGGAACGUCACACGCCCGUCGAUUCUUUUCGAUACCAAGGAUGUUAUUGAGCCAACUACGACGAACAAAUUCUGGGUUGACGUUCAGCUUCGAUACGGAGAUUACGACUCUCACGACAUUGAGCGAUAUGUGCGCGCCAAAUACCUGGAUUACACAACUGAUAGCAUGAGCAUAUACCCGUCCGCUACUGGUCUCAUGAUUGGUAUUGAUCUCGCGUACAACCUUUACUCUGCUUACGGUCAAUAUUUCCCAGGUUUGAAGGUUCUUAUCCAACAAGCUAUGGCGAAGAUCAUGAAAGCCAACCCUGCGUUAUAUGUUCUUCGUGAGCGUAUUCGUAAGGGCCUUCAACUAUAUGCCUCGGAAAGCAAUCAAGAGUUCUUGAAUUCACAAAAUUAUUCGGAACUGUUCAGCAACCAGAUCCAGCUCUUCAUCGAUGACACCAAUGUCUACCGUGUCACAAUUCACAAGACAUUCGAGGGUAACUUGACUACGAAACCUAUCAAUGGAGCUAUCUUCAUCUUCAACCCACGCACUGGCCAGCUCUUCCUUAAGAUCAUCCAUACCAGCGUCUGGGCUGGACAGAAACGUCUUGGCCAAUUGGCGAAGUGGAAGACUGCUGAAGAAGUCGCAGCGCUGAUUCGGUCCCUGCCGGUUGAGGAACAGCCAAAGCAGCUUAUCGUCACCAGAAAGGGUCUUCUCGAUCCAUUAGAGGUUCACUUACUAGAUUUCCCUAACAUCUCUAUCCGAGCUUCCGAGCUUCAACUUCCUUUCCAAGCCGCAAUGAAGGUCGAGAAACUGGGUGACAUGAUUCUCCGAGCCACCGAGCCUCAGAUGGUGCUGUUCAAUCUUUACGACGAAUGGCUGAAAUCCAUCUCUUCGUACACAGCCUUCUCUCGACUCAUUUUGAUUCUUCGUGCUCUUCACGUCAAUCAGGACAAGACCAAAUUGCUCCUGAGACCUGACAAGACAGUCAUCACUCAAGAGCAUCACAUUUGGCCAACUUUGUCAGACGAGGAUUGGAUCAAGGUGGAAACUCAAUUGCGAGAUCUCAUUUUGAACGACUACGGCAAGAAGAACAAUGUCAACACUUCCAGUCUGACCAGCAGCGAAGUUCGAGACAUCAUUUUGGGCAUGGAAAUCAGCGCUCCUUCGAUGCAACGUCAACAAGCUGCCGAAAUUGAGAAGCAGCAGCAGGAGGCACAGCAGCUCACUGCCGUGACCACCAAGACCCAGAACGUCCAUGGAGAGGACAUCAUUGUGACAACCACGUCACAGUUUGAGCAGCAGACCUUUGCUUCGAAGACGGAAUGGAGAACCAGGGCAAUUGCGACAUCGAACCUUCGGACUCGGGCGAACAACAUCUACAUCUCAUCUGACGACAUCAAGGAAGAUGAUCACUUCACCUACAUCAUGCCUAAGAACAUUCUCAAGCGCUUCAUCACAAUCGCUGAUCUACGCGUGCAAGUCGCCGGCUAUCUCUACGGAUCGUCCCCCGAAGAUAACGAACAAGUCAAAGAGAUCCGGUGCAUAGUCAUGAUCCCACAAAUAGGAAGCACACGCGACGUCCAGCUACCCCACCAGCUACCACAACAUGAAUACUUAGACAAGAUGGAGCCCCUGGGAAUCAUUCAUACGGUAUCCGGGAACGAGCCACCGUACAUGACUGCGAUGGAUGUCACCCAGCAUGCGCGCCUCAUGAAUGCGCACGAAUUAUGGGACAAGAAGACAAUCAGUAUGACGGUCUCGUUCACUCCUGGGAGUGUCUCCCUUGCAUCAUGGGCUCUGACCCCGCAAGGGUACAAGUGGGGUGCAGAGAAUAAGGACAUGGGAAGCGAUCAGCCUCAAGGAUUCAGCACGAGCAUGGGAGAGAAGUGCCAGCUUCUACUGAGUGACAAGAUACGUGGAUACUUUUUGGUACCGGAGAAUAAUACGUGGAACUAUAGCUUCAUGGGUAGCUCGUUCGGUAGCAUCGAGAAGAAGCCCGUGCAUGUGAAGAUCGAUACACCACUUCCGUUCUACAGCGACCAACACCGACCUCUCCACUUUCAAUCGUUCGCGGAAAUCGAAGACCUCUGGAUCGAUAAGGACGAUGUCUUCGCAUAG